CAUUUUUUGGAUGAUGACCUGGAUGAUUCCUUCAAAGUUCAGCGAUCUGUCAUGCCAUCAAAUGUGAAGUUGAAGCCCAAGCUGAAGGCUGGAGCAGUACCGUCCAUCAAAUUGCCGUCAUCAACCUUCAGGAGACAAGAGGUGACAUCUGCACAGCGAGAUGGGCGUUUGCAGCAGCGGUCCCUCAAGAGGCUGAGUGACGAGCUGACCACUGCAGGGUCUGGUCAAGAGCUGUCGAGGGACAGCGACGGCGGCAGUCCGACCGGCGAUCCUGGACCUGCUCCGGAACGGCCUGGAUCAGAUCCUGGACCUGAUUGUCCAGUGAUCGUCUUCGAGGAAACCACUCCUCUUGAGCAAGUAGUGCACCUGGAAGGGGAGGUGAAUGACAUGCAACAGCGCCUAUGGAAGCUCAGCAGGAAGUGUCGGAACGAGAAGAGGUCGCGCCUUCAGCGCCGCCUGCGUAUCGCCACCGAAAAAGGAUGACAGCUGGACCGUCUUCUAGAGUCCGGGGUUCUGUCCCGUGGUCAAGUGCGCCAG